AUGUCACAUACGUCGGCUGCUAGCUAUCUGGUCUGGUCGUUGAUUACCGCCAUCUUGGGAAUUUUUCUUAUAUUUCACCUGUGGUCGUUUGACAGAUUCAAAUGCUUGAAGUGGAACAGUGGGCCUUACUCGGGGGCGUUCAAACGUAUCAUGACAUACUCGUACAUGUGUAGUAUUCCGCUGAUAUUUGUAUACGCGUUGGGCAACACCAUCAUCAAGUACAGAGAGGGAAUUAUCAUCCACCCGAUCCUUGGAGCGAUCCCAAAACCAUAUCAACUAUGGGAACCUGCGGCCAGACGUUCCAUUUUCCCGUUGAUGCUUAUGUUCUCUUUUGCCUGGGGCCUGGAGAUGGUUACGCAUUUGGAAGAACUCUGCUUCUGGCUCUUCCUCGUAAACUCAGGGUCAGCCCAGCAAGACUGGUUCAGAAGCUUGUAUUUCAAAACAUGGGUGGUUGGCUCAUGCAUAGCCGUCAUAUACAUGCCCCUGGUCACAAUCUUUACGAGACACGACCCACUCGUGAGCGAAGCCUAUAUGUUCUUGGCUGGGAGUCUCGGGAGUCUAUCGUUAACAUUAUGGUUCACACCCAUUCUCUGGACCUUCCCUGCUUUCCUCAAGAAUCUGCGGCACGAAGGCGUUGACACUGGGACCAUCGUACGCUUGACUAAAUUCUCCGAGUUAAAUGUAUUGUUCAACAACUUGCUAGGAAAUAUUUGUUGCUCAUGUCCCUCUUCACAGAUGAUUCGUGUUAUCUUCCGUUUUCUUUUUAUCAUCCCAAUUCUUAUUCUCGGGGUUGAUGGCGUGCGACCUCACCACCAUAUUAACGAGUCUGUAUUCUGGACGGAUCUUCUGGUCAUCCUGUCUGGCUUUGGUAUUGCGGUAUCUUCGGGCAUCACUUUGGUGAUCUUCUUCCCGCGAUCCAUCGAAGGCGAGAUCGCAGCGCGAGAUGCUUCCAAGGAACGCAAGCGCAGUCGAUCCUUUGGCAGAACAACGAGUGUGAUGGACAACGACACCACUGCCAAAAACAUGUCCAUGUCACAAUUUUCGACCUACAGAAAUGCGCCGGCUGAGAGUGCGGCGGGUGGCACAUACCUUCUCACAUCUUCUCCAGUGAAGACUGGAUUUGACAUGCAAAGCUACGAUGGUCACACCGAUGAUGGUCUCCGGAUGGGUGGCUCGUCGUUUCAGCAUCACGGUGAUAAGCUGUGGGAUCGUGAUGAGGCCAGAGAUGUUCCUGCUGCUUUGCCUGCGAUGAAGCCGAAUCGUAAAAGAGGAAAAGAUGUGGAGCUAGGGGGAAUCGAAGCCUUGACGGAAACUAACUUAUCAAUCCAUAACCUCCGACUCUCAAACGUGAACCCUAUGCUGCAGAAUUUCACGUCCCCUAUCGAUUUUGUGUAUGCGAGUGAGGACCCACCUCAACAAUCGAGAUUAACUUUCAAUCGCCGAUAA